AUGAAUUCAUUACAAAAUUCGCCUACUCAAUCAACUACAGCCAAACCAAAUUUACAAUCAUUACCAUCUUUUAGUGAAUUAUUAACCUCAAUACCUCCGUUACCUUUAUUAACUCCGACUCAAUCAUCGUUUACACAAUUUAAGUCAAGAAGUAAUAGUAAUUCUUCAACUACCUCAUCUGUACCCAUUAAUUUUACAAGUCCUCCUCAACAACAAUAUUCUGUGGUAUCUUCUCCUUAUAAUUAUUAUACACAACCUUCAGUUCAUCAUAGAUUACCAACUCCUCCAUUAAAUAAUAACAAUAGCAGUAAUAAAAUCACAACAAGUUCCAACAAUAUCAAAACUCAAUAUGUUUCCUAUCCUCAACAAUUUGCAGCUCCACAACCCUUAACUUCAACAUUUAGAAAUCCCUCAACUAUAGACCCAAUAACUCCACUUUCUAAUAAUUUUGAUCAUAAAAUACGAUCAUCUUCAACCGGUGAUAUUCCACAUUCAUCCCCACAAUCAUCAAUAAAAUCUAUAUCAACUACAACAACAUCUGCCACUAGUACUACUCAAGCUUCACCAAAUCUACAACAACACCACUACCAAGAAAUCGUUUCACCAACUACUUCAAAUUCUACUUCACCAAAAUUAUCAACCACAAGUUCGUUAUCACCAAAAGAUCCAAGAAGAAAACAUGUAUGUAAAGUAUGUUCAAGAUCAUUUACAACCUCGGGUCAUUUAGCAAGACAUAAUCGUAUACAUACUGGUGAAAGAAAACAUGAAUGUCCUUGGCCUUCUUGUGAAGCUCGUUUUGCAAGACAAGAUAAUUGUAUGCAACAUUAUAAAACUCAUACAAAUGGUAAAAAUAAAAGAAGUAGAAUUUAUAAUAAUUAUAACUCACAAUUGAAUAAAGAAAAUGGUAAUGACAAAGUUACGGGUGGUGAAUUAUCUAAUAGUGCUCAAAUUCAACAUCAUCCACACCAACAACAACAUUAUCAACAAAUUCCACCUCCUCCACAACAUUAUCAACAAAUACCACCACCACCACCACAACCAUACAAUAUGAGUUUUAGUAAUCCUCAUCAUCACUAUCCAGUUCAAAUUUCAUCACAUUACGGCAAAAAUUUUUAA